AUUCUACGUUCGACAACAUACAUUGAAGUCCUUGAUUAAGUCCAUUCUCUUUUUAGAAAUACAUUUUUCUAGGUUUUAGUUAAUUUUUGGAGUUAUUUCGAGCGGUUUUAAGUUAUUUUUGAUUAAAUCGAAAUCGUGUUACUGUGAUUUUCCAAUCUAUUCCGAUGUCGAAAUCGUCAUUUGGGGGCUCAGUUUUAAUCCGACCAAAACCAACAGCCCCCUUGAUAACCAUCACCUAACCUCACUUUAAUUUUAAUUCAGUUGUGUAACAUCAAAAAUCAAAAACAAUGUCACCGCCAACUUUGGUAAUAGAACCAGACUCCAUUGAUGGUAAAAGCAACACAGACAGUUUUGGUUCGCACUCAGAUUUAUCAGGACACACAUUAAACGCCCAAAGCAGCUCUGGAUGUCUUAAUAUCAUGACGAAACCACUCAUGGAUGUGGUUAUUGUCAUUGAUGUUUCUCAAAAUGAUCAUGCUGUGGAAAGAAGGAGAGCUUUGGAGGAUGUUAGACAAGCUUGCAGUCAAGUUGGGGCUAACUUAAAUCAUAUUCAAUUUGAGAGGUUAGAUUUUGGAGAAACCAAUGUCAUAAGCAGUUUUUAUAAUGCAGACAUCACGAUUAUCGAUUUAUCAAUUACCAUGCAACAGAACACCCUAUUUUAUCACUUGGGAGUUAGAGAAAGCUUUAAUAUGAAACAAAACAUCAUAAUUUAUAAUGAUACAGAUAGUGAUGUCACAAUGAGGCUAAAAGUAAAAAUAAUUUAUAAUAGAUGGCGCAUAA